AUGUCCCAGGACAAGAGUGGCUACCCCGGGAUGGGGGAGUCCAACCCGCUCCACAAUAACGUCUACGGACCCCCGCAGCCGGGUUUUGGCAUGCCGCCGCCCAACUACAGUCAGGCCCCUGGGGGACCGUACCCGCCCGCCGCCGGGUACGGCCAGCCGGGAUUCCCGCAACAAGGCUUCGGGCCAGCUCCGUACCCGCAAAUGCCUUACCCCCAAAUGCCCUACCCGCAAGGACCUUACCCUCAGGGGCCCUACCAGCAACCGGGCCAGCCGGGCUAUCCCGGGGACCCUUCUGCACCGGGUGGGAGCCCCGGUUACCACGGCGACGUGCCACCCACUUACUACGAUAACGAGGAGUUCACCAACUCAGGUUUUGAGGACAAGAGCAUCCGGCAGGCCUUCAUCAGAAAAGUUUUCAUGGUCCUCACCGUGCAGCUGCUGGUCACCUUCUCCUUUGUGGCCGUGUUCACCUUCGUGGAGGAUGCCAAAGUGUUCGUGCGGCGCAAUCCGUGGACCUACUACAUCUCCUACGUGGUCUUCCUCGUGUCCCUCAUCGUGCUUAGCUGCUGCGGGGACUUCCGACGCAAGCACCCUUGGAACUUGGUGGCGCUGUCCAUUCUGACCCUGAGCCUCUCCUACAUGGUGGGCAUGAUCGCCAGCUUCUACGACACUGACACCGUCAUCAUGGCCGUGGGCAUCACUGCCGUGGUUUGCUUCACCGUGGUCCUCUUCUCGCUACAGAGCAAAUACGACUUCACUUCCUGUCAAGGCGUGCUCUUCGUGUGCCUGAUCGUCCUCCUACUCUUCGGCAUCCUCUGCAUAUUCAUCCGCCACAAGAUCUUGCACAUCGUCUACGCCUCGCUGGGCGCCCUUUUGUUCACCUGCUUCUUGGCCGUGGACACUCAGCUUCUCCUGGGCAACAAGAAGCUAUCUCUCAGUCCCGAGGAGUACGUCUUCGCCGCCCUCAACCUCUACACGGACAUCAUCAAUAUUUUCCUCUACAUCCUGGCCAUUGUGGGACGCUCCCGCGAAUGA